GUGCUGCUCCUUCGCCCAUUCUCGCAAUUCCAAUUCCAAUUCCUCCUCACUCUCUGGCAGGAAUGGCGAUGUCUAUGGCCAAUGCCUCUCGCCCUUUGCUGAGUGUAGCGGGAGUUGCUGCGCGCACCUCCGGCGCCACUACUUCUUCUGCGAGAUUGAGCUUCGCGGGAGCUCUUUCCCGCGAUUGCCAAAAGCUUGUUCGCCAACCUCCUGCGCAACGCCGAGUUUUUACCCGUUUCUCUGCCCGGAACUCCUCUGACAUUGCAACUGUGCAGAAAGAGGCUGUGGUGACGAAUAAGGCACCAGCAGCUCUGGGACCCUACUCACAAGCUAUUAAAUCUGGAAACCUUGUAUUUUGCUCCGGGGUUCUGGGUUUGGUGCCUGAGACGGGAAAUUUUGUUUCGGAAGAUGUGGAAGGUCAAACAGAGCAGAUAAUGAAGAACAUGGGUGAAAUUUUGAAAGCAGCUGGUGCAAGCUAUGAGUCUGUCGUCAAAACCACCAUCAUGCUGGCGGAUCUCGCAGACUUCAAGGCGGUGAAUAAAAUAUAUGGAAAAUAUUUUCCCGGAACUGCCCCAGCACGGUCAACUUAUCAAGUUGCUGCCCUUCCUCUGAAUGCACGAAUUGAAAUAGAGUGCAUUGCCACGCUCGAAUGAGUGGUUAGGGAUUCCCUCGGCUAUUGAAGGCGCUUCGUGUCAUCCACAAUGCUCAUACACUGCAUUAGUGUCGCAAUAUGCGUAAUCCAUCGCUGCUUGUAACGUGAAGAAUGCGUACUCUACACAUUCGACACCUCCAAGUACUUGAACAGGGGUGUAGUAUUAGAUGCGAAUAGCUUUUGUGUUGAUGUGCAAGACUCUAUACACCAUGUGCGCAUAAUCAAUCAAAGCCGAAAAUGCUGAGUUGUUAUGUUAAUUGACUAUCCUGUGAUUCUAUAAUAGAUGAUUUUGUUAGUGAUGUUUCACUGUG